AUGUCCACGGCGGCUCUGGGUGUAGUCCGGCUCAGCUCCAGCACUUCUCAUUGUACCGACUCCAGACGAGACAGCCGCGGAUACAGGCCCCACGGAGAGUUUGAGAGAGGACAAGAGCCAGCGAACUACAGAGCUUUAAAGACGGAGUCAGUGUUUGGGCUGAAGCUCCUGUCUCCUCCUGGAGCAGCUCUGAUCCUGGAGCCCAACGUGGAGGAGACAAAAGGCUGCGGAGUCUGGGACAGUCUCUGCUCUCUCCUCACUUCUGCCACUUUACACUGCCUGAUGUGUACAUCUACUGCCUGA